AUGCCUCGUGUCCUCUACGACAAGCUUCCUAACACGUCGGCAGCCGUACUGAAGACGGCUCACAGGGACAUCCUACAAAAGACUCAGGAACUAGUGGAGUACGCCAGGCUGAAUAUCAACGCCCUGCCGAAGCCGGAGCUGAAGGUGGUCCGCAGAAGAGGCAAGCGCUCUACCCCGCUGGCUGGUGGUGGUAAUGAUGGUGGUUGUCGUAGUAUUGGUAGUGGUGGUAGUAGUGGUGGUGGUAGUGGUAGCAGCGGUAGUAAUAGAAGUGGUGGUGGUGGUAGUGGUGGCGAUAGUGGUAGUAGUAGUGGUGAUGGUCGUAGUAGUGGUAGUAGAAGUAGUGGUGGUUGUAAUGGUGGUGGUAGUGGUUGUGGUCGUCUUAGUAUUGGUGUUGGUGGUAGUGGUAGUAAUAGUGAUGGUGGUGGUAGUGGUAGUAGUGAUGGUGGUAGUGGUCGUUGUGGUAGUGGUUGUUGUGGUGGUGUCAGUGGUAGUAGUUACAGUGAUGGUGGUAGUGGUAGUAGUAGUGGUGGUGGUCGUUGUAGUAGUGGUUGUUGUGGUGGUGUCAGUGGUAGUAGUUACAGUGAUGGUGGUAGUGGUAGUAGUAGUGGUGAUAGUCGUAGUAUUGGUAAUGGUGGUAGUACUAGUGUUGGUGGCUGUAGUAGUAAAAGUGGUGAUGGUAGUGGUUGUGGUCGUAGUAUUAGUACUGGUAGUAGUGGUGCUGGUAGUUGUGGUGGUAGUGGUAGUGGUGGUAGCGUUGAUAUUGGUGAGAGUAGAACCAUUUGA